AUGGCUACAAAUCGAUUCUUCUGUGAAAUCUGCAACAAAGGGUUUCAGAGGGAACAGAAUCUCCAGCUACACAAAAGAGGACACAACCUCCCAUGGAAGCUGAAGCAAAGAACGAGCAAGGAUCAAGUGAAGAAGAAAGUGUAUAUUUGCCCUGAGAAGAGCUGCGUCCAUCAUAAUCCAGCUCGAGCUCUAGGAGACCUCACCGGGAUUAAGAAGCACUUUAGCAGGAAACAUGGCGAGAAAAAGUUAAAAUGCGACAAAUGUUCCAAGAAGUACGCUGUGAUCUCCGAUUGGAAAGCUCAUACAAAGAUUUGUGGUAGCAGAGAGUAUAGAUGUGAUUGUGGUACACUCUUCUCCAGGAAGGAUAGUUUCAUCACACAUAGAGCCUUCUGUGAUGCCUUAGCUGAUGAAACUGCAAAAUUCGUCCCAUCAUCCCCAUCACCCUUAGCAGCCAAUUCGACCAUCUCUGCUACCAACAAUCCAAUUCUGAUUCAACCACAAUUAGAUCAUUCUCUCACACGUACGACCGGUCUUAAUUUCAUCAGCAAUCACACCACCUUAUCGGGACACAAGUUCAACAAUUCCGACCAAAUCCAGCUACAAACCAAUGCUUUCGCGUUGUCAUCACCACAAUCAUCACCGUGUGGUACAUCUGAUUCGGUUCACAGUCUAUGGAAGUUACAAAGAGAGGGUUCACAAUCACACCACUGGCUAGUCAAUGAAUACAUGAACAACAAGAAAAACAUUCUUCAUAAGGAAAUAUCCGAGAAUCAAGAAGAUGAGCUCAAGAAGGGAAUUAUCUAUAGUGGAUCGAGCUCAACCGGUCCAGACAUAGCAGCAUCCUUGUUCUUGAAUAACCAAAAAGGGAAUCUGGCUUCCUUGUCAGCAACCACAUUGCUUCAAAAGGCUGCUCAAAUGGGAUCAUCAUCGAGCUCCAACACUAGAACCAUGUUUGGGCUCAUGAAUUCCUCCAUGUUCAACAAUACGAUGCCAAACUCUAAUGGUUUCAAGCCGAAAGAUAAGGAAGACGAAUUGACCAGAGACUUCCUUGGUGUGGGAAGUCGUGAUGACCAACAACGUUUUCAGCAUCAUCAUCACUUCGCAUCAAGCGUGCCGUUGACGGUGAACCAUGAUAUUCUCAAGUUGGCUGCAGCCACUGUAGACGGGAAAGCAACAGUGGAAAUGGCUUCAGAUUCUAAAAAUAUUCGUUAUUGA